CGGGGCGAGGGAGGGAGGGGCUGCGGGCCGCCGCGGCCGCCUUCCGCCCGGCUGCUCGGACAUGUGGGCGCGGCGUGGGCUCCUCUUACCUGUCCGCAGCCGCCACCCUCCCCGCCCCGGGAUCUUUCGCUGUUCCAGGCCGAGCAGUUCGCGCGGAUCCCCCGCCUCUUUUCCCCAACUUUGAUUCCUCCCACCAGCACCCCUUCACGACCCUGUCCUAUCCCCGCCAAGCCAUGUCGCCUCCCCCCACCUAGUCCGCCUGAGCCCCUGACACCCGCUCUCUGGCCAACCCCAAUGGGGGCUGCUCCCCUGGCCCCCGCCCCCUAGAGAGGCUUUCACUCCUUUCCUGUCUCGGCAUGCACCCUCUAACCUUGACCCAAGCCCGCCUUGUGAUCAGUAUGACUGUUUGAGUAGAGUCCACCUCCCCUUGCCCUCUUCUCAAAUCCAGGGGCUUUCUCUUGCUACCCCGCGGUUGUGCUGGCCGGGGUGUCACUUCUGCCGUCCUCCCCUCCAGACAGACCAUGGACGGCUCCUUCGUCCAGCACAGUGUGAGGGUUCUGCAGGAGCUCAACAAGCAGCGGGAGAAGGGCCAGUACUGCGAUGCCACCCUGGACGUGGGGGGCCUGGUGUUCAAGGCACACUGGAGUGUCCUUGCCUGCUGCAGCCACUUUUUCCAGAGCCUCUACGGGGAUGGCUCAGGGGGCAGUGUUGUCCUCCCUGCCGGCUUCGCUGAGAUCUUUGGCCUCCUGUUGGACUUUUUCUACACUGGUCACCUUGCCCUCACCUCAGGGAACCGGGAUCAGGUGCUCCUGGCAGCCAGGGAGUUGCGAGUACCAGACGCUGUGGAGCUAUGCCAGAGCUUCAAGCCCAAAACUUCAGUGGGACAGGCACCAAGUAGCCAGAGUGGGUUGGGGAAACCUGCCCCCCGGGAUGUGAACAGCCACCCCAAAGAGCCAGCAGGCUUGGAGGAAGAGGAAGUUUUGAGGACUCUAGGUCAAAUCUCCAGGGAUCAGGAGCUCAGUGACAGUCACAGUCCCCAGAGGCCCCAGCUUGGUCUUCCUGCUCAGAGUGAGAGUCCCUCCUUCCUCCGUGGGAAACUCAAGCAGGCCCUGAAGCUUUGUUCCCCAGAGGACAAGGAGCCUGAGGAUUGCAAGGUGCCCCCAAGGCCCUUCGAGGCUGAAGGUGCUCAGCUGCAGGGCGAGAGUAAUGAGUGGGAAGUGGUGGUUCAAGUUGAGGACGAUGGGGAUGGCGGUGACGUUUCUGAGACUGAAACUAUGCCGACCAGGAGGAAAUCAAACGUAAUGAGAAAGCCCUGUGCUGCCGAGCCAGCCCUGAGUGCAGGUUCCCUAGCAGCUGAAGCCUCUGAGAACAGAAAAGGUACAGCGGUGCCGGUUGAAUGUCCCACAUGUCAUAAAAAGUUCCUCAGCAAAUAUUAUCUAAAAGUCCACAACAGGAAACACACUGGGGAGAAACCUUUCGAGUGUCCCAAAUGUGGAAAGUGUUACUUUCGGAAGGAGAACCUCCUGGAGCAUGAAGCCCGGAAUUGUAUGAACCGUUCAGAACAGUGUUCCUCCUGCUCCCAGCAGUUCAUGCAGAAAAAGGACUUGCAGAGCCACAUGAUCAAGCUGCACGGAGCCCCCAAGCCCCACGCCUGUCCCACCUGUGCCAAGUGCUUCCUGUCCCGAACAGAACUGCAGCUGCAUGAGGCUUUCAAGCACCGCGGGGAGAAGCUGUUUGUGUGCGAGGAGUGCGGGCACCGGGCCUCGAGCCGAAAUGGCCUGCAGAUGCACAUCAAGGCCAAGCACAGGAACGAGAGGCCGUAUGUCUGUGAGUUCUGCAGCCACGCCUUCACCCAGAAGGCCAAUCUCAACAUGCACCUGCGCACACACACAGGCGAGAAGCCCUUCCAGUGCCACCUCUGUGGCAAGACCUUCCGCACCCAAGCCAGCCUGGACAAGCACAACCGCACCCACACCGGCGAGAGGCCCUUUAGCUGUGAGUUCUGCGAGCAGCGCUUCACUGAGAAGGGGCCCCUGCUGAGGCACGUGGCCAGCCGCCACCAGGAGGGCCGGCCCCACUUCUGCCAGAUAUGUGGGAAGACCUUCAAAGCGGUGGAGCAGCUGCGUGUGCACGUCAGAAGGCACAAGGGGGUUAGGAAGUUUGAAUGCACUGAAUGUGGCUACAAGUUCACCCGGCAGGCCCACCUGCGGAGGCACAUGGAGAUCCAUGACCGGGUGGAGAACUACAACCCACGGCAGCGCAAGCUCCGGAACCUGGUCAUUGAGGAUGAGAAGAUGGUGGUGGUGGCACUCCAGCCGCCUGCUGAGCUGGAGGUGGGCUCGGCUGAGGUCAUCGUGGAGUCCCUGGCCCAGGGCAGCCUGGCCUCCCAGCUCACUGGCCAGAGACUAUGUGCAGAGGAGAGCUUUGCAAGCCCGGGCGUCAUGGAGCCCUCACUCAUCAUCACGGCUGCCAUCCCUGAGGACUGUGACACGUAGCCCCCUGCCCACCACAGCCCACUUGGCCCCAGCCCCCAAUAAACCACAUGGCUUUGGACUUGA